UUCUCUGAGCGUUGGUUGGAGGGGAAGGGAGAGGGUAGUUGGACUCUACGCGCACACACACAGAUGUACGUACUUAUUGUACGCAACGUCUGUUUUGGCCCUGCGUGCGUACCGAUCUGAGUGUGGCGCCGCAGGCGUUGUCCGGGAUGUCUUCGAGCGUGAACCAGUCCGCCCCAUUUUGUUCGAAGUCAAACGCGACCUCACCGCUCACCCCAAACAGAAGCAGACUGCCGACGCCGACAAUCAACGCACACGUACUACAUGUACUACGUCGGAUUGUCAUGGUGAGUGUGGAGGAGAUGAAAGGGAAGUCGGAGAUAAAGGGAACUUCCAAACUUCCUCACGCAUGUACGGAGCCGUUGCGGCCGGCCAGGACUGCGAGCCGGCCAUCUUGGCCAACUCUGUGUUUUUGUGUUUGGUCCCGGAGACAGCGCAUCACAUAUGUAUCAUCAAUGACGUCUUACACACAGUCAAGUCCGUUCUGACAUCACAGCACGCAUACAUGGACAGCAUCACCAGCAGAGCGUCUGUGUCGGUCAUUCGUCAUGUCCGAGUGCUUGGCACUGCCCGAACACACAUGACACACACCACACCACACAGCACUGCAGCAAUGAUGAGGCCUCUACACGGCACAUGCAAGCAGCAGUACUCUGCACACACAUGGGGGAAAAGGCAUCCAGACACUCAUCCAUCCAUCCAUGUAGGGAAGAACUCGGUGUCCGUCAUCCCAUACAAGCGAGCGGGACGUGACAACACACUCAUCGCCACGGACCGAAAAAUGCCUGGUCGUCUGCCAUGCACACACGUGGUCCACUCGUCCGUCAUCUAUCCAUCCAUCCAGGAAUGCACGAAUGAAAAACUCACGACAACAGCCAUUCAUUCAUUCGUUCAUGUACACGAGGCCAGGUGCGGUGCGCAGGUGAGACGUGUGACAUGAUUGAUGCACACAUGUAUGGGUGGGUCUGUCGGUCGGUCUGUCUGUCUGUCUGUCUGUCUAGAAUCCGACUGUUGGAAAAGUGCCGGCGAAUUCCUCGACUUCCUUCCUCAGCUGUGCCACGGAAGGCGGCUGCUUAGUGCGGAUGUACUCGACGAAAUCGACCAACUUGGGACCUGUUCAAGCAAAACUCACACAAGGGGGUGGGUGGGUGGGUGGGUGCCUCUGUGAGUGCCUUUUGUCGGCUGGUGGUGUUGUGGCGCUUCCUACCUGUGCCCUUCUGCACAUCGAGUGCGAUGUCGACCGCAUCGCUGAUGUACUUGCCAAUCUAAUGGUGGUUCCACACGCACACAGACAGAUCGACAAUCAUACAUGAAUGAACCGCGCACAUGUCGUUUCCUUCCUACACUGGCGCCUCACCUUUUUGAAGUCGGCUUCCACCAGACCCCUCGACGUCAUCGCAGGCGCACCUGCAGCACAUAUCAGUCACACACAGAGAGGGGCAGAUACAGGUAGAGAUUUCGAUUUGUGUCGGUCUGUUCCUUCAUCAUUGGUUACCUACCGAUUCUGAUUCCAUUUGGGUUCAUAGCGCUUUUGUCAGUUGGUAUGGUGUUUUUGUUGAUGGUGAUGUUGACAAGCUCGCAGACCUUCUCGGCCUUGGCGCCGCUCAAGCCCUUGGACCGCAAGUCAACCAAUAUCAAAUGGUUGUCCGUGCCACCGGACACCAAGUCGAAACCCCUGACCACACACACAUGCGGGGCGCGUUGAUGAAUGUCUGCUUGUCUGUACUGUGCUGUCUUUCGGUGCCCCUGGCUACCUUGCCAUGAGCUCCUGGCCCACAGCCACCGCGUUUUUCUUGACCUGCUCUUGGUACUCACGGAACUCGGGCGUCGUCGCCUGACCCACACAAAUAGAGGCAAAAUAAAUUCAGGUAUGUUCAAUUCCGAUGCUUGUGAGGUCGCUGGCCGGGUGACCUGUUUCAGUGCGACGGCGAGUGCAGCGAUGAUGUGGUUGUGUGGGCCGCCCUGCAUGCCCGGAAACACCGCAGCGUUGAUCUUGUCCUCUAUGUCAUACAUUAUCGCUGACAUGUCCGCGGACACACGAAACGGAAGGAAAAAGACACAAUGCGCCCCCCCGUCCGUCUGGGGUGUGGCUGUCGUGUGUGAGUGCGUCUGAGCGUACGUACGUUGUCCCUUCUUGUUGACGCCCUUUUGCCCCUUCCUAUAGAAGAUCAUGGCCCCCCUGGGCCCCCGCAGGCUCUUGUGUGUGGUCGUCGUCACCACAUCGCAGUAGUCAAACGGCGAAGGCACCACUCCCGCCGCCACCAAACCCUACACACACAUACACACACACCAUCACACAUAGGUACAUACGCCCAUGUGCACGUGGAAUGAGUGGCCGUGCGCUUUGAUUACCUACCGAUAUGUGUGCCAUGUCGGCCAUCAGCCACGCGUUGCAGUCGUCGGCCACCUGCACAAUUCAUACAUGCGCACAUGUGGAAGCAAACAUUGCACCUGCCCAUGUGUGUGGUAGAGCGGUUGACUGACUUGUCUGAAUCGUUUGUAGUCUAGGUUUCUCGAGUAGGCUGACGUGCCGGCGAUGAGGAUCUUGGGGCGGAACCGAACGGCGAACUUCUCCAUCUCGUCGUAGUCUAUCAAACCACUGCUCUGCACACAUACCAGCACACACACACACACAGAUGCAUCAGUGCAUUCGAGGCAGUCUAUAUGCGCGUUGCCGUGACCGACCACAUCGAGUUUGUAAGGCAUGCUGGUGAAGUACUUGGACACGGCCGACACCUUCUUGGUGUCCGUCUGGUAACCAUGCGACAAACUGACACACACAGACAACAUGAAUAAGGAUCACUCGCACACGCCUUUCCCCUCUAAGUGUCUGUGUCUUUGGUCUUUGUUUCCUUACUGUCCGCCGUGUGGCAGGUCGAGUGCCAUGAUGCGGUCGUGUGGUUCGAGCAGCGCCGUGUAGAGGCAGAAGUUGGCUGGCGAUCCCGAGAGCACCUGCACGUUGACGCCCCACUCAUCGGGGUUGAGCCUGUAGGCCUCCAGCGCCCUCUUCUGACACAGACGCUCAGACAUGUCGAUGAACUCGUUGCCGCCGUAAUACCUGCACGUAGGCGUGCACACAUAUCAUAUCAAUGCGGUGUCCGUCUGCUCGAAUUUCACUGUUCAGCUCACCUGGCGCCAGGGUAUCCCUCUGAGUACUUGUUGGUCAUAACCGAACCAAUCGUGUCCAACACAUAGCGGGGGGCAAAAUUCUGUAGCACACAAACAAAACGGACCACAAAACAGGCAUGUGAGUGAGCGAGUGAGUGCAUCCUCACUCAGACUGACUGCAUUUGGAGGGAGAGGGGCUGACCUCUGAUGCGAUGAGUACGAUGCUCUUCUUUUGCCUGUCUUUCUCCAUCUCGAUGAUGUGGGCCAUCUCGGGAUCCACUGAAGCCAACGACGCAUUCACCUGCACACGCAGCAACGCACAGGCGGACAAAACACAGAACAGUCCCACGUCAGUCGAUGCCGUGAAAGGCCCGCAGACCACCGGGGGAGUCUGCCUGCCUGCCUCUUGCUAUCUAUACUGCCAUGAUCAUUUCACUGUGCAUCUCCUUCCCGCCUGCGUACCCUCAUGGCCUCUGUGGAGAUCCAUCUCGAGAUGGGUACGGCGGCUGAUCUCACGGCGGCAACAGGCGCCCGCACAAGCAGGCCGCUGGCCGCUGAUCUCAUGCGCCUCAUUUCCCGAAUUAGGAGAGAGCGUUUCAGGAG